CGUCCCACGCAUGUGUUUGUGGAGCCGAGCGAGGUGCCCGCGUGUGGUCUGCUUCGCCAUCCACUCCUGCUACUCAGCACACUGCACACACCCCAGCUCGAUCGUCCCACCGUCCCCUCCUUCCUCCGGCGAGAUGCUCCUCUCGGAGCUCCCGACUCCACCCCGCCCAUGGCGCCCCCGCGUUCGAGAAGCCCAUUCCGCUCGCCCUCGCCACCUCCCUCUCCCCGGCUCCCACACCGCGGCCUUACCGAGAAGGCGCCACCUCCUCCUGUCCCCUUCCGCGACUCCGUCCGACGACCCCGCGCUCCCUCCGGCGAGGCGACCGUCCCGCCCGAAGAGGGCGUCGGGUGAGGGCGAGGGGUGGAUGAAGAAGGCGGUGCCGCCCGCGCCCGUCACGCGCGGGCUCUCCAGCCCCGUCCCCGAGGAGCCGCUGUCGCCGCUCCGGUGGACGGCCGGGCGGCAGGCGCGCGCCGCGUGGCGGAAGGCGACGUCGUUGGUGCCCAGGAGGGCCAGGAGCGUCAUCCUGCUCAACCUGCUCGUCCUCAUAUUUGCAAGCAACAUUUCUAUUGUCAAAGAAGCACAGACUAUGUUGGAUCCUGACCUUUUCAAUAUCAUACGCUUCACUAUUGCGGCCAUUCCUUUUGUGCCAUUCUUGUUGAAGUCACUCAGAGACAUGCAAGUUGUUCUUAGGGGCGUAGAGCUGGGGGUUUGGGUAACCUUGGCCUACCUCACUCAAUCUAUUGGGUUAGUUACAGCUGAUGCUGGCCGUGCAUCUUUCAUAUCCGCCCUCACAGUGAUCAUUGUUCCUUUCUUGGAUGGUAUUCUUGGAGCAGAAAUACCUGCAUAUACAUGGCUUGGAGCAUUUUUAUCAGUUCUCGGGGUUGGUAUUCUGGAGUUAAGUGGUUCUCCACCAUGUGUUGGUGAUCUUCUGACCCUCCUUAGUGCCUUUUGUUUUGGAAUUCACAUGCUCAGAACCGAGCAUAUUUCCAGGAAAAUGAAGAAAGAAAAUUUCCUACCGCUUGUUGGAUGUCAGGUGGUUGUCGUAGCUGUUGUGUCGGCAGUCUCGUUCAUUGUUAAAUGCUUCCUCCAGAAUGUGGUACCCUGGAAUUUAAAAUCAGGGACACCAACAGAGUUAUUCAGUAUGAUGUCAUCGUUUCCUUGGCUAGCAAUACUAUACACAGGCAUAAUCGCAACAACCUUUUGUUUAUGGGCAGAGAUCGUUGCUAUGCGUGAUGUAUCAGCUACAGAAACUGCAAUAAUUUAUGGUCUGGAACCAGUAUGGGGUGCUACUUUCGCAUGGGCAAUUCAUGGCGAGAGAUGGGGCAUUACUGGACUUAUUGGAGCUAUCUUCAUCAUAGCUGGUAGCUUGAUGGUUCAGGUACUGGGGUCAUUUCUUGAUAUUGAUGUAUCAGAGGACAGUUACCAGAUGAACAACUGAUACAUAAAUUGCAAAAAUACGAGGAUUUCACAUGAUAUGAUCAGUUGAUCACUACUGCGAAGUAAUACGCCAAGUAGUUAGCAUGACACUGCAACAAGAUCUAACUACAAUUAUGGCCAGUUGCACAAGGAAUGGAAAGCUCACUAGGCUGACAAAAAUAGGGGUGGCGUGGCUCACUGGUGGCCUGAGCAACUGAUGAAAACAAACUGUGGUGCCUCGUGGCAUGGAGAACACAUCUACAGAAAAUGGUGAUGUGUAUCACUCCACUAAACGCUUAGGGUAGCCUGAUGUAGUAUCAGUAACAGUCUAAAUCCUUCUUUCUCUCAAUGUAAAUCCAUCCACAUGAUGUAGUAUGUAAUAGAUUACUUCAUGCUGACAUGAAACUAGAUUGUACCAACCUUUGUUUUAGUACGUUAUCGUUCAUUGCCAGCUA